AUGGCCGCCGAAGCCGAAUACUGGACGUUUCCAACCGACAAGGAGCUGUUUGAUCAGGACGAGCGCAUCUCGUUUUCGAAGCUGGACAACAAGUACAUUGCCGUUCAGGACGACGGCACCGAAUACGAGUUUGACGAGGGCCUGAGGCGCUGGAUCCCUAUCAUCGACGAGGCGCUUAUUGAGCAGCAGCAGAGGGGAUACAUGGUGCCCGGGGUGGAUGAUGAUGAUGAUGGGUCGGCGCAGGGUGUGAAGAGGAAGAUGGGGUAUGGGGAUGAUAGAGAGGUAAGCUUGCCGCGAAGAGCGAACACACCACCAUUUUUGCAACAUCGGCUACGUGCUGUGUGUUGUUUUCCUUUUUUUUUUUUUUUCUUAUCCUUCCUUCACUACCUACCUCCGUGA